CUUACCUCGAUGGUUGGCAUGAAGAAAAUGUGGAAUCUGGAACACAUCCGCUUGAUUUGUGCCUGUUUGCUUUGCCUCAUUUUCACAGAGGAAAGUAAAACAGAAUCAGGAAAAUAUUCAGAAACCUACUGCAUGUUUCAAGAUAAGAAGUAUCAAGUAGAAGAAAAAUGGAAUCCUAACCUUGAACCUUAUGGAAUUUUUCACUGUCUUGAGUGUCGUUGCACAGAGAAGGGGAACGUGCUGUGUAUGAAAGUCAAGUGUGCAACCCUGCGGUGUUCCAACCCUAUACACAAUUCAUCAAAAUGCUGUCCAAGUUGUCCAGAUCAACCCGUUGUUUCAGACAUCAGAAUUGCUGGCAAGGCCUGCAACUACAGUGGGACCAUUUACCAGCAUGGGGAGAUGUUUAGCAUAGAAGGAAUCUUCAAAAACAAACAACCCAAUCAAUGUGCGCAGUGCAGUUGUUCUGAAGGAAAGAUAUAUUGUGCCUUGAAGACCUGUCCUGAUUUAACUUGCACUUCUCCAGUGUCCGUGUCUGACUCUUGCUGUCAAAUUUGCAAAGAUGAAGAAUCACUGAGGGACCUGGAUGGAGAACUCAUUCGUCAGCCAGCUAUCCGUGAAGCUAGACAUUCUCCUCCCUCCCAGCCCGAGUCCUCAACCAGCAGUCCUAGACUAGCCGCUAUCAUCCUGCAGCCCCCUGAGGGAAAAGCUAGAUUCAAAUCUAUGCCAAAUACAUCACAAAGAUCUGGUACCUUUGUACGGAUCGUCCUUAACAACCGACAGAAAGUUGGAGAAGUGUGCAUUUCAAAUGGAAAAACCUACUCACAGGGAGAAACCUGGCAUCCAUUUCUCCGAAACUAUGGUACCGUAGAAUGUGUCUUAUGUACUUGCAAUGGCACUAAGCCAGAAUGUAAAGCAAUCCAGUGUCCUUAUCAGUAUCCCUGUGAACAACCAAAGAAAAUUGAAGGGAAAUGCUGCAAAGUUUGUCCAGAAGAAAUUGAAAGUCAACUCCCUGACGAUCAAGACUAUUUCUGCAGUGAUGAGACAUUUCCAGUUUACGAAGCCAUUCGCAACAUUUCCAAUGGAACCCUCCGACAAAUAGCCUUGGAAAAAAAUGAAACUUCAGAAGUGGAAAUCUACACAUGGACUAUUAAGAGAGAUAUCCUGAGCCCCAUUAAUACCGACACCAUAUCCAAGGAGGAAUUCAGAGAACUCUCAUAUUUCCUGCAGAUCACAAGGACAACUCUGAAUAAGUGGAAAAUAUUCAGCGAAGGAGCAGCUCAGAUCAACCAAAUUUGUGAAAAUCGAGACUGCAGGACUGAACUGGAAGAACUGCUGAAGGUUUUGUACCUUGAGAAAUCUGAACAGGAUGGUUGUUGAGGGAGGUUCUGAAGAAGGAAACUGAGAGAAAAGAGAUGGAUCCGCAAUAGGACUGUGGGUUUGUUUUGUCUGUUUUGAUGGUACCCUGGAAAGAAAAAGAAAGAAAGAGAGAGAAGACGAAAGAAGGAAAGUAUUCAUCUCAUGCCCAGCAUAUCUUGCUGCUCUGUGCAUAAACUUGUGCUAGUCCUUUUAAUAUCUCUACUUCGUAAAUGGUGGCUCUUUGUCAUUGGAAAAACAGGAAGGAAAGACAUAGAUUCCUGCAAAGGUCAUUGUCUAAAGCCAGGAGUGUGGAGUUGGUGAGCUGAGGGUCUUAUUUCAUAUUUUGAAGAGAAACAAAGGCCUCAGUGGGGAAGGUGCAGAUAUAAAAUGGGUAGAGCCACAGUUGUAUGAGACCAAGUUCCUUCCUUUUCCCUACUUUAAAACUACAUUAAGCCCCUUACCAGCUGAUACCAGAGUUUUUUUCAGAAAUAAAAUAGCAAGAAAUAUAAAAUUACUAGGACCCUCCCAAGUAGGAGAAAAUAUCCCCCCCCCCAGAGGUAGGUUUAGCUUUGAGCCACUACAUUCUCCACCCAUCUUAAUUUUUUGGACAACCUGUUGAUCAGGAAAAAGCCAAGGAUGGAGCUGUAGCAAGGUUGAGUCUUCUCUGCUGAAAGCAAGUCUUGAAAUGAUGAUAAUUCAGGGCUUGAACCACCCACUCCAAAACUGGAAAAGAAGAUCCUGGAAAUGAUAUUUCACUGCCUC